GGUUCCAAAGCUAAUAACAAGAGUUCUAAAACUAAUAAUAAGAGUGUCAAGAAUAAUAGCAAGAGUACUAACAAGGAGUUCGAAAUUAAUAAACACAAUGAUGUUUUAAAAUAUAAAAUAGAAAUCAAGAACUUGAAAACUAAAAUCAAAGAGUUAAAAAAAUUCAUUAAACAAAAGGAUCAAAAUUCAACAACUGAACACAAUUAUUCUUAA